UCGGAAACCUUCAAUUAAAACAUCACUUCGUCUUAGGACUUCUAGGUGGCAUCUGUAAUUCGAGAUUCAGACAGAAAAAAAAAUUGCUAACUUUGCGUGUUUCCAUUCAAAUUUCGACCUAGUUUGGCGCUUCCAUCUCACACCCACUUCGUGAAUUAUUUCAAUUAACUGCGUGAUGUAGUUUACUUGUUCUGAUAAACGUUUCCACAUAAAGAAGACAAAAUGCAUCAUAAUCUAUCAAUCCUGCUCAUAGUGCUAUUAUGUGUCCAAAUGAUAAUAACAGAUGACAUAAUGGAGGGAUGCGAUUACGAUAAUAUCCAAAGGAUGUAUUAUUGUAAUGAAAUAACUCACACAUUUCCAAACCAGUUUUACGGAGACUAUCACUUGAGAUGUGUUGGAUGUAACAUCUCGAAAUUCACAGAAAAUACGUUUCCUUACACGAACAGCUUGGAGUCCUUCAAUGUUAGCUACAGCGGCAUCCGGGGAAUUCAAAGAAGGGCAUUCUCGAAGUUCACCUCAACUCAGUUCAUUUAUCUGGACCAUAAUGAUAUCAGAGACAUAAGCGAAAAUGCUUUCGCAGGUGCGAAGCAACUCUAUGAGCUCCACUUGGAGCACAACCAUUUGAAAAGAUUGAAACCAAGAUUUCUCAACGAGUUAGGAUCGAAUUCAAUAGAUCUCAGUCACAAUCAACUGGUAGAGAUUGGAAGUGGAGUUUUUGAGGGAGUGAUCGGAGUAUUGCAUAUAGAUUUAUCCUCCAAUAAAAUCUCAGAACUUACUGAGAAUGCAUUUGUAGGCUUGGAAUCCCUAGAAAUAUUGAGCUUGAAGGAUAACAAAAUUUGCCAUAUACCACUGGGAGUCUUGGGGAGGCUUCCUGCCUUGAAAACCCUGAAUCUAUCGCAUAAUAAGCUGGUGGAGUUUUCUAUCGGUACUUUUUCAGGACUGAGAUCUCUCAAUGAACUGAAUAUAGCAAACAAUAGCCUUCAGUACUUCGAUGGAGAAUUUUUACUGACGUUACCAAAUAUACACUGGCUAGAUGUGAGUGACAAUGGUAUUUUUUAUUUCGACGGAUAUGAGAUUGUCGAGAAUGCCCCUUCUUUGAGGCAAAUGAAAAUGGACCACAAUAUUAUCUCUUGCUCGUCCCUGAAAAACCUUGUGAAGUACCUGAGAAGAGGAAACAUCGAAAUAGUGAGUGAUAGUGGCAGCUACGACGUACCAAACAUCCUUGGAAUUGCUUGCAGUCAGAAUGAAAUAACUAACGUAUCUUAUAAGAAAUUCUACGCUUUAGUUCAAGAUGAGGCAAAGAACCUGAAACAGAUUUGCUAAUGGUUAAGGACUAUAUUAUUUUAUUGGAUGGAAGUUUUAUAUUACAGAUUUCUUAGUUUUAUCUAUGUAUAUUAUGACUAGUUGUCAAUUAAUAAUGGUUUUACUAUCAAGGAUGCAUAUUAUUCAGUAGAUUAUUUUUAGAAUGCCUAACAAUAAUAUUUUAAGAUGAUUUUUCACAGGUUUCUAGGUCCACGAUUUAUUCACAAAACCAUUGUUUGGAAAAAAAGCCAACUAGUUUCAACUUUAUUUCAAAGUCUUCAUGAGGGCUCUGAAAUGAAACAACAUGAACUAAAUACAACAAUUUCAGAUGUUCGAAACGACAACAUUAAAAAAUCAGAACUCUAUUCAACAAAAAAUACAUAAACAUACAAAUACAUAAGUGAGCCAAAACAUCUAGAUUAUAGUCCGCAUACUGUAAAGUAAAGAAAUUAUAUAAG